AUGACCCUGGGCCUUCUUCUAUGCAUUAAACAGUUUAAUGCUCGUCUUGGUGACGAGUUGAACCUUGCUGUGGGCGAGAAAAUCGAGGUUCUUGCUGAUGACUCUGAGUAUAACGAUGGCUGGUACAUGGGCAAGUCUGUUUCCAGUGGAAAAGUCGGUCUUUUCCCUAAACUGUUUACCAAGCCGGUGGCUGAACAGCCUCUGGAACCUACCUUGUUGCGUUCGAGGUCUCGUAGAGUACCCCUGGGACCUAAAGCGGGCGAUAAGCCGGGCUCCAAUAGCUCCAGAAUUGCAUCCCUGGAAACUCCUCAGCAACAGCAGCCACAACAAGCUCAACAACAACCUUCCAAUGAUGUCCACUCCACGAUGAACGAAAUCGAUAAGGCGUUGGAGGAGCUUCAGACGUCUACGCGUGAAUCUUCCAAGGAGGACGUGAAGACUCAGCAAAAGGAACCUGAGCCUGCUCCUGCUCCUGCCCCUGCCCCUGCUGAAGAACCAAAGAAGGGACACCAGCGUAACGUCUCAACGCAAUCGCUCACUACUGACUUGAACCCAUUGCAGGCCACUGAGUGGACUGCGAAGCAGGUGCUGUCGUAUUUUGCCAUUGUCUUGGGUUUCGACAUGAGCGUCGCUGGCAAAUUUGCCCGCCACAAGAUCACAGGUGAAAUCUUAUUCCAGCUUGAUUUGGCUCACCUUAAAGAAUUGGAUAUCGACUCUUUCGGUACCCGUUUCGAGGUCUAUAAGGAGAUUGAGAAGCUUAGGGAAAUGGCAACUAGAGCCAAGGGUUCUUCUCUGUCGGGCGCCGCUGGUAGUCGCUCUGCUUCUGCCCAGUCCCAAAAGCCUGCAGAACACGAAUCCAGAGAAACUUCUCCUCCAUUUAACAACUCUGAUGUUGACUCGGUCGAAAAACCUCAGGAGAGGCCAUCAGGCUACGACCGCGAACCCAAGAGUGCUUCCACACUUCUUCCAGCCCCAUCAUUCAAUCCUUACGCGAAGGAAAAUGGCAAGUCCAGAGCUGCUUCUGCCAAAAACCCAUAUGGCCACUCCAGGACGAGAUCCCAGUCAAUGGAAAACUUGCUGGCUUUGAACACUCCAAGAACCGACAACUCCUUUAUGUCCCCUAGGAAGGCUCCUGAACCUCCUGCUUUAAGUCCCGUCAACAAGAACUUCAAGUUUGGUGGUAGUCCAGCCGUUCCUCAAGGCAAUGAUUCCCCAGCCAGCCACAGUUUCUACAUGACUAGAACAAACGCUUCCUCCGGAAUGGUCAACAGUCCAGGCGGUCAAUCAAGACCUGCUUCUUCCAUUUACGACGCUGGCGCUCAAGGGCACCACAGACGUACGUCAUCGAAUAAGAAUGAGUUAGCUCACAGAAGACACUCUUCGCUCUUUUCGUUCAUGUCGGGUAACGGUAACGAUGAGGCUGCCGGUCCACAGAAGGAGAAGUUGCAUAGUCAGAACUUGACAAAGGGUGUCGCCAGUCCUACAAAGAACAAGCGUGCCUCUAGGUUGUUCGACAACAAACCAGCUGAGUCUUCAGAGUUCGAAGAUACCUUGCCUGAUAUUGACGAUGUCAACCUUUCACCUAAGAAGGACAGAGUCGCUUCUGGAGCUUCUUCCAAGAGUGACGAGAAGCGUAAUACUGGUAGAUUGAAGAGUUUACGCUCGGUGUCCACUUCUAACUUCAGAAACCUCACAGUAUCCAGAAAGCUGAAGACUUCUGCGUUCCAGGAAGGAAUCAGAGACAUCACUCCAGACGAAGCUAUCAAGACAUCCACUUUCAGUGGUUGGAUGUCCAAGAAGUCUGGUAGUACGUUAGGUUGGAGAUCUCGUUACUUCACACUUCACGGUACUAGAUUGUCCUACUUCACGAAUUUGCGUGAUAAGCGUGAGAAGGGUUUGAUUGAUAUCACCGCUCACAAGGUUAUUCCAAUCAGUACAGAUGGUGAGAGUGCAAGCAGUAACGAUAAGUACAUUGCACUUUAUGCUGCCCUGACGGGUCUUGGAAGAUACUGUUUCAAGAUUGUUCCACCAGCUCCUGGUUUCAAGAAGGGUUUGACAUUCACGCAACCCAAGACUCACUUCUUCGCUGUUGAAACUCAAGAGGAGAUGAAGGGAUGGUUGAAGGCACUCAUGACCGCCACCAUUGACAUCGAUGACAGUGUUCCUGUUGUCAGCAGUUGUAAUACCCCAACCGUGUCCUUGGCGAAGGCUCAGGAACUCCUUGCAAAAGCCAGAGAAGAGAACAAAUUGAGAGAUGAAGAACUCAGAGCCAAGGGAUUCAUAAGGGAUGGAGAAACCCUCGAGGAUAUCGCAAACUCGACGACGUUGUAUAAUGACAGUGCAACUUCCGAAGAGGCGUCCCCUGUCGUCGGCUACAUGGACGAAACCACCAUCUCUUCGAGCAAUACCAGCAAUGCACCACCCAAGCUCACUGUUGACACAUCUGCUACCAAGCCCAAGCGCGGCCCCACCACUCCACAAUUACAAUCUUCACAAGGAUUCGCUUCUCCAUACCUCUUAGCAUCCGGUAUUCUUUCACCAAAGGGAGGCGCUUCCUCCGGUGGCAGCACGCCUAACACUGCCAAGUCUGGAAAAAAGGAGUACUUCCCUGAAAUGGGUACUCCUGACGGCACCAAACUGGAAAGCUCGUUUGAGCAGCCCGUUUUCAGCAACAGCAAUGGCAGAGUUUUGAGCGGAAGCAAGAAAAAGGACAAGUCUGAAAAGCUUAUGGCCUAUACCAGCGACGGAUCGUUCGUGAUCAAGUCGAAAAAAUAA